UUGUUAUAAGAUGGCAAAUAUGUCGUACGCCUUGAUCGUCUUUCUUAUACUAAUUCAAUUUUCGUGGGUAAAGUGUUACGAAGUAUCGUAUUGCGACGAUGAAAACAGUCGACAAUUAGAAUAUUCCGUCCAAAGAUUUGAACCAUAUCCAAUCAAUAGCAACAAGCCGUUUACUGUUUGGAUAGAUUGGAAUUUUCGAGAAAACAUGCCGUGCAGUGCUUUAUUUCAUUUAACUGCUGUAAAAUCCGGCGAAGACAAGAGCAAAUGCGAUAAGAACAUGACAUUAUCUGUGUCACAGGUGUUCCAAAUGAUUAAGCAAUGUAUGAAAGAUAAAAAUGCCGAAUACUUUUGUAUUAACAAUCCAUCUGACUUUAGGAACUUUGGAAAUCGAAACAUGCGUCAAGUUGAAAAGGGACCAAUGCAGAUGUGCGUCACUAUACCCAAAAUUUUUGUACCGGGAUUCUACGACAUUUAUGCGGAAGUACUAAAAACGGAGCACAAGGUUAUAUCUUGCUGUAAAUUUCAAGGAAUAGAAUUCAAAUAAAUGUAUAUUCUUGUUUCCACGAAUAAAGUAACUUGACACUGC